GGUCGGGGUCACAGGCCAGGUUCAGCAGGUAGCUAGCAGCGUAGUACAGAGGGUCAGGCAGAGGGAUGGUCAGGGUCACAAGCCAGGGAUCAGAACAGGAGAAGUCAGCAGCGGUUCAGGAUCAUGCAGGUCAGCAAAGGAACAGAAACAGGAUGCAGGACAGAUACAGGGCCCAGGACAAACACAACACCAAGGCAGAGUCUGCAAGUCUGGCCAUCCCUUCAAUACACCAGUAUCAUCAGUUCCAGGUGUUAGCUGGCUGAAAGGUUGAGUCUCUGAUUGCUGGGAGCACCCCGCUGGCCAGCCCUGGUACUGCAGAUCAAAAGGCAGGUGAAGUCCCCACACAUUGCUGGCCAGUCCAUUCCUGACACAUGCCACUUCUGUAAGUUUAAAUGCCGCUCAUUAACAGAUAAUUUGUUGUUUUACAGACGAUCAAGAGCAAUUUUAGGACAGAC